UUAAGGUGUUUCAGUGUCAGAGUAAAAGCACAAAGACUGGAGGAAAUGCAAACAUCAGCAUCUCCCAAGAAUAUCAUUUGAGCAAAGUCCCCUGAAUCUGGUCAUAGCAAAGUGAACUGCUGGCCUAAAUUUACUUGGUCAAAUAAUGACUAUGGUGGACAUCUGGCACACUAUCAUAAAUGUACAGGAUAAUACCAGACAGGCAGCUCCAUUAACUCUGUAAAUUCAUGUGAAUCAGUGUGUCAGCUUCAGGGUUGUUUCAUAUACAGACAGGGUCCUGGAAGAUUACUAAGAUUUAUUGAUAUUUGUGAUAUAUUUGUAAGGGGGAAAAAACAAAAUGUGGUAACAUAUGCUGUUUGCUUCACUCAUGCUCUUACAAUACCAUGCUCAAAGUCACUUGAUAGAUGACACAACAUGCUGAUGUAAUGUGAAUUUUGGGACUUGAAACAGUUUCACGCCCAAUAAAAGAUUUGACAAAUGCUGAGCUAAACCUAAACUGGCUAAGUGAGUAAGUCUGGGUGUGUGUGUCUGGGGAUUAUCAAGUGUGCUCCUCCCAUCAUGUUUAUUUCUUUGAAUUUGACCCACAACACCUUCAGAAAGCACCUUUAUAUUUAAAAAGUCAUUAAUGCUGUCAAACCUGUGCACAACUUAAAGUUUGGUAGGAAGCAGUUUUGACUGAAUCAUUUUAAAUCCUGAAGCUUCCAUCUUCUGGCCUAUUUUCAAUGGUAAUUAGCAGAAGUGGCAUCACCUGGAAAUAAGAGGUAGCAUCUGUUUGAGGAAGUCUCACUGCUCAGAUGGCUUCCAGGUUUGGUCAGAAGAGAGUUGGAAGACGCCCAGAGUACUCAGACUCCUGUCAGCUAAGGGAUCCCAGCCCCAGCCCUCUGAAUGAGCCCUCUCACAGCGCCUCCUGGUGGGCAGACAGGGAGGAGCACAUGGAGCAAGAAGACUCACUCAGGGAGCAACUAAAAGAAAUGGAUGACCACGUGGCCAGGCUUCAGGACAUGCUGAGAUGUGAACGGGCCAAAUGCACUCGUCUGCAGCUGCGGAGUAAUCAGCAGGAGGCAGAGCUGAGGCGGCGAGAGCAGCAGAGCAACAGAUUGAAGGAGCGACUGUCACAGCUGCCUGACAGACACAGAGAGAAAGGACCCUCCAUAGAGGUGUUGAACUUUCCGCCUGGAGGUCGAGGCAAAAGAGAACAGCCGACCAAAUCGUUCAGAUCUACUGCAAAACGAGAGGAGGCAACACUACGCCUGAUGCUGGAGCGCAGAGAAGCAGAGCUCAGAGAGGCGAUGAAGCUGCGCCACAGCCUCACCACUUUGCUUCAUGCACUCAGAGUCGACAUGGAGCAGACCCUGUCAGACGUGGUGGAUGUUCAGGAUGAGGCCCAAACUGAAGACAAAUGGUUGGAUAAAGCUGAGAUAGCGCUCGGUGACCAUGUAACAGGAGGUGUGAUUCAGAGUUGGAGGCAGGUGCAGAGGAGAUUGGGUGACGUCCUAUCUGAAGGCCACACUGGUGUUGGUACCGACCAUGACAAGCUCCUGGCUCGUCUAGAAACUGACCUGAAGGAGAGUCAACAGCUUGUCAGAUUACAACAACAACUGCUGCAGGACAGCCUUACUUCACCCGUUACCUCUGAACUGGCUGAUUCCUACUUUUUGGAAGAGUGGGAACGUCUUCAGGUGCGCUGGGUGGAGUUCGAUCAUCAGAGGCGGACUUUUGAAAAGGAGAGGCAGUCCUUCACCGAUGCUGCCAUCCGGCUAAGCCGCGAGCGCCGUGAUUUUGAGCGUCAGAAGGCCUCUCUCCUGAAGCAGCAGUAUCUGUGUGACUCGCCUCUCUUUGGUAAAGGAGCACCAAGCAACAACAGGCGAGAGAGCACUGCUCUCAAUUUCUCAGGUUUGGGUCCCACCAGCAUAUCUGGCUGUCUUCCCAGUACUCCAUCUUCCACCAAGUCAGGGACAGCUGCUGUUUCUAGAUUACAUCAGGAAAGAGUCAGAGUUCAAACCCCCAGCACUCCUGAGCUCUACUCUGCCCUCAAUCUGUCAUACAACUGCAGAACCAGAGAGGUGGAUCACCAGUCAAAGACAUGGGAUGGCCGAGCAGACAGGAUGGUGGACACGCCACAGGCUCCACACUUAGACUGGUCAUUUUAAUACAAUUGUGAUAUGUGGUGAUUAAAAACACAUUGUAGCUUAUUUCCACUUUUUAAAAUAAUCAAUAAAGGCUGAUUAUAUUUUAA